AUGCCGAAGAAGCAUCCGUUUAUGUAUAUGCAGAUGAACGAUAACCUAUGCUUUCUGGAUAUCAGUAAAUUAUUGGCAUGGAGCUCUUUGGACAAGUCUCAGAGGCCUCGAAGGCCUGAGUUUAAGCUUGUGCAUGGUUCUUGUUUUCCAGACGGAAGAAGAUUGCCGACUAAGAUGGCAUAUAUGAUUGCGGAUUCCAAAUCAUAUAUUAAUUGUGGGGGGUCGCUUUCCUUUGCAGCCGCCCAACCUUGA